AUGGCGCCCAAGAACAAGGGCGAAAACACCAAGAAAGUCGCCGGCAACGCCAAAAAAGCCGAAGCCGCCGCCCAGAAGCAAGCAGCGGCAGACAAAGUAAAAUCAGCACAAGAAGACGCCGAAUGGUCCAAGGGCGCAAAGUCGAACUCGAAGGCUGAAGCCGCAGCAGCGAAGCAAGCCGAGGCCGCCCGCAAGAAAGCCGAAAAGGACGCCCUUCUCAAGGCCGAAGAAGCGGCCCUGCCCUCCAAACCUAAAGGCGCAGGCACCAAAACCGCGCAGAAGAAGACCAAGGGCAUCGACUCCGCCUUCGCCUCCCUCGAUACCGACACCGCCUCCUCCACCCGCUCAUCCAGCGCCCUCAACGCCACAAAUAUCGACGACGCGCUUGACGCCCUCGACAUCGCCUCCGGCGCACAGGACAAGGUUGACAGGCAUCCCGAGAGGAGGUUCAAAGCGGCGUAUACCGCGUACGAGGAGCGGCGGUUGGACGAGAUGAAGGACGAGAAGGGGCUCAGGCGGCAGCAGAAGAUUGAGCAGAUCAGGAAGGAGUUUGAGAAGAGUCCAGAGAACCCGUUUAAUCAGGUCGCCGGGAGGUUCGAUAGUACGAAGGAUGAGCUGCGGGAGAUUGCGGCGAGGGAGAAGGAGAUGACGGAGGCGAGGUUGGCUGGGGCGUGA